CAUUAUCUUCACUGCUGCAAACCAAAAUCUCUUGGGAUUCCCAAAUUAAGCCAGACGUACUCCGUACAAGACCCAGUUACAAACGUGGAGUAUCCUCUCUCCAAUCGCCUCCAACUUUGGCGUCAGAUAGUACAUCAAGCCGCCAUUUUUUUUUUUUCUCUUUUGAGUCAUUCUCCAUUCGACGUUUGACCCGCCAUCGGAGCCUUGUCUUGCCGACUUUCCUCUUAACUCCCGGGCUUCCCUUCCAAACUUUUAAGUUCCACCACAACUUCUCUUUUCUUCUUUUCUUUUUCUUUACUGAAAAGGAAAUCCAAUCAUUCAUCCUCCUCUUACAUCUCCAACAUCCUCAUCCGUCACAAUGGCUCCCUCUGCUAUCCCAACCCAGGACGUCGACCUGACCGCCGCCAACAUCCAGGUCAAGGAGGCCACUCAGCCCGUCAAGCCCAGCAAUGGAACUACUCCUGCUCCCCUCGAUGCCUCCAAGCUCACCUACACCUACACCAAGAACCCUCAGCCCGUGCUAGAUGAUGCUACUGCCAACUCCCUUUCCCAGACCAUCUGCACCGACCACAUGGUCACCGUCAAUUGGACUGCCUCUGAGGGCUGGGCCACUCCCGAGCUCAAGCCCUACGGCCCCCUGAGCCUCAUGCCCACUGCCUCGGUCCUCCACUAUGCCACUGAGUGCUUCGAGGGCCUCAAGGCCUACCGUGGUUACGAUGGAAAGCUGCGCGUCUUCCGUCCCGACUGCAACUGUGCCCGUAUGCACCUGUCUGCCGGCCGUAUCUCCCUGCCUCUGUUUGAGCCCGCCGAGCUGGAGAAGCUCAUCAUUGCCCUGCUGUCCGUCGACGGUCCCCGCUGGCUGCCCCGCGACCAGCCCGGCCGCUACCUGUACAUCCGUCCCACCCUGAUCGGAACCCAGUCCCAGCUCGGUGUCCAGGCUCCCAAGGAGGCCAUGCUGUACAUCAUCGUCACCUACAUGCCCAAGCUCGACAGCCCCCCCGGCGGCAUGCGCCUGCACACCUCCCCCGAGGAUAUGGUCCGCGCCUGGGUCGGUGGCUUUGGCUAUGCCAAGGUCGGUGCCAACUACGGCCCUAGUCUGGCUGCCACCUCCGAGGCCCGUAGCCGCGGCUACCACCAGAUCCUGUGGCUCUAUGGCAAGGACGGCGAGUGUACUGAGGCCGGAGCCAGCAACUUCUUCGUUGUCUGGAAGCGCAAGGACGGCAAGAAGGAGCUCAUCACUGCUCCUCUGGACGACAAGCUGAUCCUGGAUGGUGUGACUCGCCGAAGUAUCCUGGAGCUGGCUCGUGAGCGUCUGAGCGACGAGCUGGAGAUUACCGAGCGCAAGUACACCAUUGACGAGGUCAUUGAGGCUGACGCCGAGGGACGCCUGAUCGAGUCCUUUGCUGCUGGAACUGCCUACUUUGUGUGCCCCAUCUCGGCCAUCCACCACCGCGGCAAGGACAUCAACAUCCCCAUGGGCCCCGAGAACCAGCCCAACGUCUACACCUCCAAGAUCAAGACUUGGAUCGGUGACAUUAUGUACGGAAACGUCCAGCACAAGUGGGGCGUCGUGAUCCCUGAGAAGGAGCAGUAAACAUCUCCGACGAGCGAGAAGAAGCGAUGACGUUGACGAGUAUGAAUUUUUGAUCCGACAACUUUUACAACUAUUAUUUUUUGGCACGGAAAAUCUAGGGCCGUGUUUCUUUUCAUGAUGUACAGGGGAACCGGCGUUCAAUGGCGAAUGGGAGCAUGUAGCGACAUUGCU